AACCGUCACUAGUUCACUUCUUGACACACAGAUAUUCUGAGUUCGUCAGUUGAAUCACGCUCUCUGCAGUAUCCAUCGUUGUCCACUUCUAUUUCUUGAUCACUACAGCGAGAAACCAUUCCAGGUUAGAGGGAAGAAGCCGAGUUUUCAAUUGACUGAAAAAAAGCAAAAAAAUGAUGGAUCUCCUCCAGCAGCAGCGCGAUUAAAUUUCGAGGGAGGGAGAGAACCACUGGACUAUGGUGUCGACGCCCAGGCAAACGCCGAGUGCUGGGAAACAAGAGGGGCCUUCCCGUCCACCUAGCCCUUCGCCAUCGACGAGCAGUGUCAGUUCGACAUCCUCGAGGGUCCUGGCUGCGAAAUUGCACUCACUCGAUCAAAACUGGAGUGCACACAAAGCCAAAACUCGAUCUCCGAUCAAAUCUACGCCGCGUAACAAACGACCGCAAGCCAAGCGACGACCAGAGCCUUCUCCAGGAUCAAACAGAACAAAGACGAUUGUCAYAGCUAGAACCAGAAGCAACCGAUCAGCAACCCAAMAAACAAAUGUGAGUGGGAUGGUUGGCCAAAAGAACGAUGACGAUUCUGUGGGAGACAACUCUGUCUCUACGCUCGGCUCGACUGAGUCGGUGUUCGAUCGUUUGUAUAGGCAAAGCAUCCGUACUCCGCGGAUCAAAACACCGGAUAAGAAUCGAAGGGUAGCUGGUUCUAGUGCAAGUGGUAGCAGACGUAGUUCUUUCGGAUCGCCGGUAAUUAGAAAUAAGAAAGACCGACUGGGAGCUUAUGGAAAGAGCCCAAUUAUUAAUACGAAAAGUGCGGGGUAUGGAGAUAAAACACCUAGAAGGAGAACCAAUCAAAGUAAUCCCUCCUCGUCGUCAGUUUGUAAAUCAUCCGAACGCAAAAGCAGCGAUCUCGAAAACAUUGAUACCUCUUCGGUUGCUAGCUCUAUUUCUGAAGUGACCGAUUGCGAUGGAAAUGCGUCUGUAUUCAAUAGAUUGUAUCACAACUCGAAACGGACAGAGAAAUUGUGGAAGAAGCCAAAACAAUUUACACCCAUAUUGUCGCCAUCUAGCAAUCGAAAAAGUAGGAGAAGUCACGGUAAAAAAUCUAGGGGGAGCGCAGACAAAGCUGCAGAAAAACUUAAGGAUCAACAGCAGCAAAAUCAGUCAAAGAAAGCCGAAGACACUAUAGUGAAGAAGAACAAGAAUACAAACAUCAAGGCUCACACGAUAUUGGAAAAAGACUGUGAACACAAUUUUCAAAUGAGAGCACAACUGGGGAAUGGUGAAGUCGCGAGUAAUUCAUCUACAAAUUUGGAGCAGUGUCAACAGGAGAAUAAUAAAUUAUCGGAGGAAUAUKUAGCCACGUCGUUAGCUAAAGAUCUCAAAGCCGUCAAUGAAAUAGGGGCACUACUGCCAAAAGUUUAUAGUGGUUGUUCUCCGACUGUGGCUGGAACGAGCGUUUCAUCAACAAAUUGGGAAGACGGUUUCGUUGUGGGGAUCCGUUGCAUAUCACAAGUCGCAACUUCGGCAAACAAAGAGCUCAAUGAUCUUGUUGCUGUUGACAAUCAAUUGGAAACGACGAAAGCUGAACAAGAAGAAUUUCUUUGCUCAACUGUUGUUUCAAACAAAAGCACAAACCAAGAUCAGCCUUCAGUCACGCAUCAUGCCAGUGUUCCUGUAAUGCACCAAAGUAAUGUGGCCGUAGCGUCUGAAAACGAUUCGUGUGUUGGUKCGCUAUCUAAUAAGGAAGGAGAAUGUGUGGAGAAAGUUCAUACAACGGGGCCUCCGUCGAGCAAUGACACAAUUUCAAGUAAAAGCUCUGCGUCGGACAACUCAGGCUUUUUCUCUCUAAAGUCAAAUCGAAGCUACACCGUGGAUCAAGCCAUCCUACGAAAAAAAAUKCUUUUCAAACGGGCAGAUCAUUCUUCUCCUUCAAUAUAUCGGAAACAUCGAGACAGUUUUGAGGAAACAACGAAUCGGACUGAAUCAGCGAUCACUAUUCAAAAAGCUUGGCGUGUAAACAGAGCUGAACUUCAAUUGGCAUCAUCGAUGAUACACUCUUGGGAUUCAAACAUCCAGUUCGAAUGCGACAGCUCAAAUCUAAGGAAUUAUUUCAUUCAUAAACAACAAGCACUCGAACAAGCCGUUCGAGCAGCCAAAUGUUGGUGGAUACUGGAGGGUUUAGUGAUAAAGGAUAAUUGGAUCACUAUCGUUUGGGAAAAUGAAGUGCACGUCGGCGGAGGAGACAUAAGGGUUAAAAUCAAUUUAACUUGCGRAGCUAAAUCGCUUCUAUUCGCUUCCCGACACUGGGACUCGAUGAAACUGGCUCUUCUUCUUGUGAAGGCGUCGUUGAAAAAGGAAAUCCGUAAAGAAUAUUCUGCUAGGCUGGUCGCAGAAAGGUGCCAACAGUCAAACGAGAAAACAGAUAGAAGUGCUACCGUUUUGCAGCGCUGGUAUCGAAAGCAGAAGCAAAGGAAUUGCAGAAAAGAGCACGAACAGCCAUUCGGAAACAUCAGUGACAACACAGAGGACAUAACUUUGUCUUCGAUUCCGAAAGACAUUAAUUUUUCUUCAGACGAUACAAUAUCAUUAACCCGUGGUGAAAAAGCCGUCUCUGUGAAUCAAAACGAAGCAAUUUUGUCCUCACCCGAGGUAUUACCCUUAGACCUCUACGAAAAGGUCAUAGAGGACAUUCCAACGAAGACAAUGCCACUUGUUGACACAUAUUUGUACGAACAUCAUCUCGCUGCUACAAAGAUUCAAUGCUUCUUGAGACUCAUUGUCCUCAAAGCAGCUGUCAAAGAAUGGCCCUCUGCAAUGGGGCAACUUCGAGCUGCUUUGCAGACUGCUGGAUCAUUAUCAUGGAGUCAAACAAAUUCGCUCGACGAGUUCAAAGCUGCGAGAAACAUUCUUUGUAAUACAAUCAUCGCCAAACAUCUUAGUGGUGCGAGAUGUUCUUCGGUAGGAGCAUCAACUUCCACUAAUAGUGCAUUUGAAAACGAGUUCAUUUCACAACGAGCAGCAUCUCGUGCAAUUCACAACAUCGUUCGAGCUCAUUUGAUCGGCCUGAAGAAAUACAGAGACAAGAAGAGAGCGAUAUUGAUCCAGGCAACUUUCCGAGGGUAUAGCACAAGAAAAAGGCUCGAGCUCGAAGAAUUUUCUGCUGUCGUAAUUCAAUUCGCCUGGAGUAAUUGCAGAUACAUCGGGAUUAGAUCGAGGAAUGCAACGAAAAUCCAAAAGCUGUUCCGAAUGGUAAUCUAUAGAAGGAACUACGAAAUGAGUAGAUUUUGCAUAAUUUACAUACAAGCGGGAUGGAGACGUGCAAUUGCUGGAAGAAGAUUGACGUUGGUAAGAUCAGCAUGCACAUUGAUCCAACGCAUAUGGAGAAGAUCUAGAGACAGGAACGCGUAUUUGAAAUUCUAUUCGGCGAUUAGGUCGAUACAAUACAGGUUCAGAAUCCAACUUACGGUCAAAAUGUAUCGUACAGAGUAUUACGCUGCUUCGAUAAUGCAAUCUUGGUGGAGAGGACGAAUUGCACGACUACAUCUGUUGAAAUCUUUGGAUGCAUGCAUAUGUAUACAGUCGCAUGUUCGAAGUUUGAUUCAGUGUCGGAAGUUUCACAAUGCUCGAUUCGAUGUCAUUAUGAUUCAGCGAACUUUGAGAACAUUCAGGUGUUUGAAACAAUUUGAAAGUCAGAAAAGAUCUGCCCUCCAACUGCAGACACUUUUCAGAAAAUCUCUUUCGAUCAAUUGUGCAGAAAGACGCCGUCAAAGCAUAAUCGAUAUUCAAAGGGUAUACCGAGGCCACACAUGUAAAAACAUUUUGAUGGAGUGCGUUCAAAAUGCUACGACGGUCCAGAAGUACUGGAGACGUCAUCGCGAACACGUUUCGUAUCUCAAUACAAUUAUAGCUGUCACGAUAGUGCAAUCUUUUGCACGAUUUAUCAUYACACGCCACAGAUUCCUGACUUCUUGCCAAGCAAUAAUUGAUUUACAACGAGUAAUUCGAGGAUGGCAUUGUAGGAAUCAAAUUCCUUUUUAUAGAGAAGAAGCGCAAAAAGCAUUAGCCGAACGACAAUUAUUUGGGGCAAUCACUGUGCAGAGGAUGUGGAGAACAGUCAGGGAAAGGCAGCGCUACAAAUUUUUAUUGCAAUCAACAAUUCUUUUGCAGAAAAUCGCUCGAAAGAUCCAGGCCCAAUCUUUGUAUACUAAAAGGCGAAAUGCAGCUUGGACUAUUCAGGCACGAUGGAAAACGAUGGUGGCAGAAUCAAGGCUACGAAAGUUCAAGCUGGCAUCGAUCAAAAUUCAAUGCUUUUGGAGAGUUCAUGCGGCUUCACAAUUCGUAAAUGUUAUCAGAAUGAAGAAAUUCAAUUCAUCCUCUGUAAUAAUUCAAUCGAUGUGGCGAGGUACUAUAAGACGCCAUGAGUUUGAGGAAUUGCGUAUUGCCACAAUCCUUGUUCAAACAUUGAUUCGCAGAAAGUUGGCAAUGAACUCAAUGAAUAUUUUACUUGAAGAAAGGCUGAAAAACAAGACUUCCAUUUUGAUUCAAUCCCAAUGGCGAAGUGCAGUGGCACGCGAGAGCUAUGCUGUUGCUCGUGUUGCUGCUAUCAUGAUCCAGGCAUCUGCUCGAAGAAUGUUGACUGUUGAACGUGCKAAGGCGUUGGUACGUCAAGAUACAUGCCAAGAAGCCAGCAUCUUGAUUCAAACGAAGUGGCGUGGACUGAAAAGGCGCGAAAGAUAUCAACAAGCUCGUGCAUCCGCUAUAAUCAUUCAAGCUCAUAUGCGAAGAAUUUUGGGUUCAAAAAUCGGCUACAAGUUAAUGAACAUUCGUUUGUCACAAGCAUCUAUCUUGGUUCAACGUUCUUGGCGUGGGGUGAUCGCUAGAAAGAAUUUUCUGAAGAUUCGCAGUGCAGCCACAAUCAUUCAAGCGCAUGCGAGAAUGAYGAACGCAGUAAAUAACAGUAAGGCUUUGAAAUACGAAAAAUCAGUUCAGAAAUCUUCGAUAUUGAUCCAGUCAGCAUGGCGAGGAGCAAUGGGUCGUUACCAUUUCUACGAAGCCUUGUUUUCUGCAAUUACCAUACAGACGAAUUUUCGAAGAAUGAUAGGGUCAAAUCGGGCAAAACUCCGUCGAACAUGUAUUCAAUCAGCUAGAUUGAUUCAAUCUCAUYGGAGAGGGGCAAUCACUCGAGAUCGCUACAGCCAAAUUCGCGUUGCAGCGAUCAUGAUUCAAGCGUCGCUUCGUGGAAUGUUAACUCGAAGAAGGCACAAAUUAAUUCAAAAAUGCACCAUAUUGAUACAAUCUACAUGGCGGGGGGCAAUGUGCCGCUAUCAGUAUUAUGAAGGUCUCGUUUAUCUUUUUUCUGCAAUUACCAUACAAGCAGCUUUACGAAGAAUGGUGGCAUCAAAGCAAACUAAACGACUUAGAGCUACUAUCCACGCAGAACAGGCAAGAAAAAGAGAAGAAGAAUUGAAAUUUAGGGAAGCUACAGAAUCAUCCACUCUGAUUCAGUCACACUGGCGCGCUUGUCAGCAGCGUAGUAAAUACAUGCAGUGCAG